AUGCCUCAGCGCGGGAGAUCAAAAUCACAACUUGUUGACCUAAUGGCGUCGCGUGUAUUAUUAUGAUUAUCCCAACAACUACGGAAUUACGGCAAUAUUUUAAUCAUUCCAUCCAAUGAAGAUCGGCGGAUCAGAAGAUGGCGUGAUCAUUUUGAAAUACGCAUGAGCGUGAGGGAUAUAGUAUAUAGAUACGUAUACCAAUCAAAGCAGCAAGAAUCUAGAGCGACGACGAGUACAAAGCCGGAAAUGGCCAUGCCUUACCUCUUCUUCCUUCCAAUCAUCUCCUUUUACUUCAUCCUCCAAUCACAUCUCGCCACGUCACUCGUCCCGAACCCAAUCCCCAUCACGGUUUCCGUCACGGACUUCGGAGCCGUCGGAAACGGGCGCCACUACGACACGCGAGCCAUCCAAUCGGCGAUCGACUCCUGUCCGGAGGGCGGCCCCUGCCAGGUGAAGUUCCCGGCGCCGGGGGAGUACCUGACGGCGACGGUGUAUCUGAAAUCGGGAGUGGUGCUGAACGUGGAGGGCGGAGCGAGGAUCCUGGCGGGAACGAGGCAGAGGGACUAUCCUAGGGAUCCGUCGCGAUGGUACGCGGUGAUGGCGGAGAACGCGGCAGGGGUGGGGAUCGGCGGCGGGGGAGUGGUGGACGGGCAGGCGAUGAAGUACGUGGUGAGGAAGAACGUGAGGAAGAACGUGAUGGUGAGUUGGAAUAGGACGGGGGACUGCUUAGGGGAUGAAUGCAGGCCCAGGCUUAUUGGGUUCUUAGGCUGCACCAAUGUCCGUGUCUCCAAUAUCACCCUCCACGAGCCUGCUUACUGGUGUUUGCACUUAGUACGAAGCAACAAGAUAACAAUUGAGGAUGUUUCGAUUUACGGAGACUUCAAUAUCCCAAACAAUGAUGGGAUUGACAUUGAGGAUUCAAACAACACAGUGAUCAAUAGAUGUCACAUUGACACUGGGGACGAUGCUGUUUGCCCAAAGUCAUCCGCAGGUUCUGUCUUCAACCUUACUGCCACUAACUGUUGGAUUCGAACAAAAUCCUGCGCCAUCAAGCUUGGCAGUGCCAGCGUGUUCGAUUUCAAACACUUUGUCUUCGAUAAUAUCACCAUUGUCGAUUCUCAUAGAGGCUUGGGGUUUCAGAUCCGUGAUGGAGGGAAUGUAAGUGACAUUGUAUUCUCAAACAUAAAAAUCAGCACAAGAUACUACGACCCAUUAUGGUGGGGAAGAGCUGAACCAAUAUAUGUCACAACUUGCCCGCGAGACUCAACCUCAAAGGAGGGUUCAAUCUCAAACAUACUUUUCACUAACAUCACAGUAAAUUCAGAAAAUGGUGUCUUCCUCUCUGGUUCAAAAAGAGGGCUUUUAAGAAACUUGAGAUUCAUCAACUUGAAUCUCACUUACAGAAGGAUUACCAAGUUUCCUGGUGACUUGUAUGACUACAGGCCUGGAUGCCAUGAAUUGGUUAAGCACAAAACUGCUGGCAUAAUGAUGGAGAACAUUGAAGGUCUUGAGGUUAAAAAUGUGAAAAUGAGAUGGUCACAAGCUCAUUUGGAGGACUGGAAUAAUCCUCUGGAGUUCAGGCCUUCUACUGUGAAUAACAUCUCCUUUCUUGGUUUCGAUUCUAGUUUGGCAUACGAGUAGCAUAUGAAGCUAGUUUUCUUCAAUAACAAGAUGGAUGUAAUGAGAAAUCACAAAUCAAAAAGGCCUAGGGGUAUUAUUGAUUGAAAUGAUUAAGGGAAAAUGGGUAGAAGAGAUGAAAAGGGAAAUCUCUUGGUGUUCAAAUGAUGAUCCCAACCUCUUGGUGUGUGGUCUCAUUUGAGAUUGUGUGAUUUAAAGACACUUCAUUGUUAUUUGUUUAACCAUAUAAUUGUGAUUUUUCAAAUGGACAAGAUUUUAUACAGAGUUCACUUGGAGUUUCUUAUCCAAUUCA